UCCGUCAAGGAGCAAGAGUACCUGUGCCACGUGUACGUGCGGAACGACGGGCUGGCUGGAGUGGUGGUGGCAGAUAACCGCUUCCCUGUGCCACAGGUGCUGGACGAGUUCUCCAGGCAGGUCAGCAAGGUGGACUGGCCCUCGGGAUCCCCGGCCACCAUCAGCUACGGGGCGUUGGACGGGUACCUCAGUAAAUACCAGAACCCCCGUGAUGCCGACCCGAUGACCAGAGUGCAGGCGGAGCUGGACGAGACCAAAAUCAUCCUGCACAACACCAUGGAGUCGCUGCUGGAGCGAGGGGAGAAGCUGGACGACUUGGUGUCCAAGUCAGAGGUGCUCGGGGCACAGUCCAAGGCCUUCUACAAAACUGCCCGGAAGCAGAACUCGUGCUGCCAACUCAUGUGA